AUGGAUGAUAUUACUACUACAAAAACAAGUAACAAUAAUAAUAAUAACAAUGAAACAAAUACCGAUAUUAUAAAUAACAAUGGAUUUGAUCAUUCCUUUAUUGUACAUAAUUGGAAAUUAAAAGUAUUUACAACACUUGAUAUCAAUGUCAGACAUGCAAUUUCAGUUCACAUUCAAAGUGUGCAUCGUUGGUUACUUCAAAGUGUCGCGACGAUCAGAAUGAUAACGAUGAUCAUGGGAUGCUACACUCACCGGAGAUCGAUAGAAAAGCACUACACACUAAACCAGCAUCACACAGAUUCCAUGUGGCUUCUAAAUCGAUUCGAAAGUUCUGUAACUACUGUAGAGACACUACAUUCACUAUUAGCAAUCAGUGCUAUGCUUGCAGUGACUGUAGAAGAUAUUGGUGCAAGUACAACUCACACUAGCAAUAACAACAAACAGAAUUUAGUAAAUUGGAGAUUGGAAUCACCUAUUCCUUCUAAACUAUUGAUGAUAUUCAUCAACUCAAAGAGUGGUGGUCAAAUGGGAACUAAAUUCCUCAAGAAAUUCUCGUCGAUUGUCAACCCAUUGCAAAUUAUCGAUUUAAUACACCAUGGUCCCGAUCAUGGAGUACAAAUCAUACAACGAUACCUCGAAGAGAAUCCAGGUGAUGUAGAAAGAUUUAGAUUACUUGUGUGUGGUGGUGAUGGAACCGUUGGUUGGGUACUCCAGAUUCUCAAGAAAUACAACCUUCCACCCAUUCCAAUCGCCAUCAUUCCACUUGGCACUGGAAACGACAUGUCCAGAUCACUUGGCUGGGGACCAGGUUACAACAAUGAAAAUCUAAAACUAAUUUUAAAAUCAAUAUCUGAAGCGAAACUAACUCAUUUAGAUACAUUCACUGUAAAUAUUAAACAAGAUAUGAAAGGAAUCAAUACAAUUGUAAUGAAUAAUUAUUUUAGUAUUGGUUUAGAUGCGAAUAUUGCUUUGGGUUUCCACGAAGCAAGGAAUGCAAAUCCACAUCUAUUCACUGGAAGAACUAUUAAUAAGAUUUGGUAUGGUAAGAUCGGUUUGGAGGAAUUUGUUACGCGAAGUUUCCCUUCGAUGUCUGAGAUCUUGGAGAUUACCAUCGAUGGCCAACCACUGAAGCUGGAGAAAUCGAUCGAAGGAAUCAUGAUCAUCAAUGUAAAUAACUAUGCCGGUGGUGUUCGAUUGUGGAAGAAAUCAUCCAGUAAAUUCAAAGCUCAAAAGAUUGACGAUGGCGUGCUCGAGUUGGUUGGUGUCACUGGUGUGCCGCACUUGGGUUCGAUCAUCAGUGGCGUAGCUUCACCACUGAAAUUGGCACAGGGCUCGCAUAUCCUCAUCAAACAUAGAACCAAGAAGCAACCGACUACCGCCGUUCAGGUUGACGGUGAACCAUUUAGCGUGGAGUCCUGCGAGAUUGAAAUUAAAUUCGAAAGAAAGGUACUGAUGUUGGCACAAAAAGAUUACAAAACGAAAUCAUCAGAGUUUGAUCCAGUUUUAAUUCCAAACGUUGGAAUAUCGACGUCUCCAAACACCAUCUCCAAUAUAUCAUCAUCAACAACAACAACAGCAACAACUACAACAACAAAUACUACCUUUUUACCAUCACCAGACAUUUUAAAUACACCUUCAUCAGUAAUGACAUCUCCUGAAACAACGACAAUUACAACAACAGAGACAGAGACAUCACCAACAAACACAAACGAAAAUGAAAACAAAGAGAAAAUGGAAAUUAUCAAAAUAACGAAUUCUGAUGAUGACGAAAUGGAUGGAACUCAAUUAAACUAG